AUGCUCUUGUCGCUCCGCUUGUUGUCUGAAGCUCGCAUUGCUUGUCUUGUCCUUGAAAUUGACUCGGCAGAGGUGCCUCAAGAGUUGGUUGCUGCUGCUUCUGCUGCUGCAGCUGCUGCUGCUGCUGCUGCUGCUGCUGCUGCUGCUGCUGCUGCUGCUGCUGCUGCUGCUGCUGCUGCUGCUGCUGCUGCUGCUGCUGCUGCUGCUGCUGCUGCUGCUGCUGCUGCUGCUGCUGCUGCUGCUGCUGCUGCACCUGCUGCACCUGCUGCACCUGCUGCUGCUGCUGCUGCUGCUGCUGCUGCUGCUGCUGCUGCUGCUGCUGCUGCUGCUGCUGCUGCUGCUGCUGCUGCUGCUGCUGCUGCUGCUGCUGCUGCUGCUGCUGCUGCUGCUGCUGCUGCUGCUGCUGCUGCUGCUGCUGCUGCUGCUGCUGCUGCGGCCACUGGUGGUGAUUCUGCUGCUGCUGUUGAUGGUGGUGGUGCUGCUGCUGCUCCUGCAGUUCCGACACCUGAAGUUGUCCACGACCUCCCAUCCCCACCACUCCCCAUGUGCUCCCACCCCAUCCCAUCCCACUGCCAUGAACCCUGCGUUCUCUCCUCCUCCCACCUUUUCCCCUCCCUCCUUUCCUCCUCUCUCCUUUCCUCCUCCCCCCUCCUCCCCUCCCUCGUUUUCUCCUCUCUCCUUUCCUCCUCUCUUCUUGGCCCCUCCCUCCUUGUCUCCUCUCUCCUUUCCUCUACCCUCCUUUCCUCCUCCAUUCCCCCCACUCCCUCUUUCCCACCGCUCUCCUUCGCACUCCACAUCCCCUCCUCCACACCUCCACCCCACAACCCCUCUCUUUCCAACAUCUCCUCCCUCCUCCGCUGCUCCAGCCCCGAUUCUUUCCCCUCCCACAACCUCUGGGCCUCCUCAAAGGUCCGCGAUCGCCUCUCCUCCCUCCUGCGCUGCUCCAAAAGAGACCCUGUCCCUUCCCAGGCCAGUAUAGCUGCCGCUACCUGCUGCGAGCUCGCACCCACCAGGGAUUCAUAUACUGCUGGGCUUGCCCCCACCAGGGUCCCCGGUGGGGAAGCAGCAGCAGCAGGAGCAGCAGCAGAAUGA